AUGUCCUCAAUAGCGAUCGCUCGAAUAAUAGAAUUUCCCGAGGUGCCUCGAUUGAGGCGAUGCCAAAUGCCUGCUUACAUGAGCCUUCUCGGUUCUUCUGAUCGACCCCAUCCACCAAUUGCCAAUUUCUCCAACCUUCCCAAAGCCUUUGGUGUUUGUGUCUAUGCUUUUAUGUGCCAUCACUCCCUUCCUGGUGUUAUCACACCUAUUGACAAGAAGCAGCGGCUCUUCUCCUCUAUCAUUCUACCCGUAUAUCUCCUCAUCUACUUUUGCUACCUCCUCCUUUCGGGCACCGCUAUUACCGCCUUCGACUACAUACACGACCUCUACACGCUCAACUUCGUGCCUUCUGAUGAUCCUAACCUGCGGCCUGGAUGGUUUCUACUGCUGUUAGAGUACUUCCUCGCCCUUUAUCCCGCCUUCGCGCUCUCAUCCAAUUUUCCAAUCCUGGGAACAACAUUGGCAAACAAUUUAAUUGCAAUUUUCCUUGAGUUCCUACCUCCUGGUCGAAACAUCGUUUUGGUUAUCAGAUGGUGCGUGCCGUUUCUGGCUUUGAUUCCGCCGAUUUUGAUAGCUUUGUUUGUGAAUGAUGUGGGACAAUUGGUGAGCAUAACUGGGGCGUUUGGAGGACUUUUUCUAAUGUACGUCUUCCCAGUGGUGCUUGUAUUUUAUGCGAGGAGAGCACUGGAAGCUAAGUUCAAAUCAGAGCCCUCUCGUGAGGAACCUGUGGCAAUCGACCAAGAGAGACAUUGUGCAGUCAAUCGAUAUCAGUCACCCUUCCUGCAUCCCAUUUGGCUCGUUGUUGUAGCCUUAUGGGCUGCUUCGUGUCUGCUCAUUCUGAUUUUGAACAAAUUGGGUGUAUUUUAA